GGCGUGGGCCGCCCCAAACCCCACCACGGGCGGCCCCCAGCCCCUCUCCCGGCCCCGGCCCCGAGGCGGGAGGCGGCCUCCCCCGGCCGCUCCGCCCGCGCUGCGGAGGAAGGGGAGGGCGGCCGCCGGCCCCCGGCCUCACAUGACCGAGGGCUGCCGCGAUGGAGGGCGAGCCGCCCGCCGGCACCGCCGCCACAGAUUUGGCAAAGCCUCCAGUAAAUGAACCGAGGGAACCGGAACAAUUUCUAAUGCAGGCGCCCCAGGGAAAUCCACUGCUGCUUUCCCACACCCUACAAGAGCUAUUGAGCAAGGAUAGUGUGCAGGUGGAGCUUAUACCUGAGAAGAAGGGCCUUUUUCUGAAACAUGUGGAAUAUGAGGUUUCCAGCAAGAGAUUCAAAUGCUCAGUCUACAGGAGAUAUAAUGACUUUGUGGUGUUCCACGAGAUGCUGCUGCAGAAGUUCCCGUAUCGCAUGGUGCCAGCACUACCACCCAAGAGGAUGCUGGGAGCCGACCGAGAAUUCAUAGAAUCAAGAAGGAGAGCUCUGAAGCGCUUUAUAAACCUGGUGGCUCGACAUCCUCCUUUCUCAGAAGAUGUGCUCUUGAAGCUCUUUCUGUCGUUCAGCGGCUCAGAUGUACAGAAUAAACUAAGAGAGUUGGUCCAGGGAGUGGGAGAUGAAUUUAUGACCUGCAGAUUAGCAACCCAGGCCAAGGACUUCCUUCCAGCUGACAUACAGGCCCAGUUUGCUGCCAGCAGGGAACUCAUCAGAAAUAUUUACAAUAGCUUUUACAAGCUUCGGGACCGUGCAGAGAGGAUAGCUUCUCGAGCCAUUGAUAAUGCCUCAGAUCUCCUCAUAUUUGGAAAGGAGCUAAGUGCUUUAGGCUCAGACACUACACCGCUUCCUUCCUGGGCUGCUUUGAACAAUAGCACUUGGGGGACUCUGAAACAAGCCUUGAAGGGUCUAUCUGUUGAAUUUGCACUUCUGGCAGAUAAGGCAGUGCAGCAGGGUAAACAGGAAGAGAAUGAUGUGGUGGAGAAGCUGAACCUUUUCCUGGAUUUACUCCAGUCUUAUAAAGACCUAUGUGAAAGGCAUGAGAAGGGGGUGUUGCACAAGCACCAGCGAGCAUUGCAUAAGUACAGCAUGAUGAAGAAGCAGAUGAUGAGUGCCACAGUGCAGAACAAAGAACCAGAAUCAGUGGAGCAAUUGGAGUCUCGGAUUGUGGAGCAAGAAAAUGCUAUCCUAACUAUGGAGCUGCGGAAUUACUUUUCUUUGUAUUGCCUGCAUCAGGAAACACAGCUCAUCCACAUCUAUCUGCCUCUCACCUCUCACAUCUUGGGGGCCUUUGUCAACUCCCAGAUCCAGGGUCACAAAGAGAUGAGUAAAGUUUGGAAUGAGUUGAAGCCGAAGUUGAGCUGUCUCUUCGUGGGAUCUAGCAAUAUGCCAACUCCACCAUUGUCACCUCCAGAGGGAAACUUCUUCUCCAAUUAAUAUUCUGAGCAUCUAGCAUGGAGCAAGAAGUGCAAUCAAGGGAGGGGUGGGACCUCUACCUCCAGAUGUUAGAAUGGAUCCUCCAAACAGCUUUUUUUUUUUUUAUAAAUACUGCUGCUUUGAGCUGCUCUCUGAUUUAGACAGACUGGAUGUGGGGCAGAACAUACAGUCGUAAAGACAGUCUCUUAAUUUUGAAACGCUCUGGGGCAGAGCUGAUUUUUGUUAUCCAAAAGACACUCGUCACAGGGUCAGGAUGUGACACGGUGCAGUGAGGGCUGCAGCGUUACUGCUGCUGCCUCUGCGUCUUGUACUAACAGCCCUCCAAUGAUGUUUAUCUGCACACAUGCAGACAAACUUCUAAAGUACUGAGAUGAACAGGAUAUCUGAAGCACUUGCUUACAGAAGGGGGGUGGAUUGCCUUUUAAGCUUGGGAGGGCUUGUGUUAGAGGCAUAUGUGCAUAAGGAAAGCUGAAAGCCAUGCCAUUGAUAGUUGUCUGGAUUUGAUUUCUUACUGAUAGGCUUUUGAGCGAAAAACAAAAACAACAAAAAAAACCAUGAACAAAGUGGUUGGAUUCCUUAACCCAGCUGGGCAGAGGUCAGUGCCGCUGUGACACAGCAAUUUUCCCAGUGUAUGUCAGUGUUGAUUCAGUUCGUGGUUGCAGGGCAGCCUAGGGACUUGCUCACAUUUUUCAGUUUGGGGCCAAAGAUGACUGGGUUCAGGAACUCAGAGGAGUUUGCCUGGCAUAAAUGAGAAGAGAAUUGAAUGAAACACUCCUUAAUUGUAAACCACUCCUAUUACACAAGCAGAACAGCUACAGGGUAGCUUGUUUGUUUUCUUCUGGAGGUUCUGACAUCUAUCUGCUGAGUAGCUGUUUAGGGCUAUUGGAGAGCUGCUGACCCGAUGGCUGGUGUUUGCUCUGGUCUGGUAUCAGAUGAAGUAUCCUGUUAACACCAGUUACACCAGUAGGCUGGGACGCAAUGUUGAUGAAAUUGAUUAGCAAAAAUCAGUAUUUAUCAGGAUAUUACUGUCUUUUCUGGCUCUAGAUAACAUUGGUGUGUGAAGAAAAGACAAUUGAAGUGACAGUUCUUUAAAAAGAGCACGGUCCUCGGUAAUGUGUUUUUUUUUUUUUUCUGACUGUGAUAAAGGGACUAAACAUUUUCCAUGUCUCACUUUGUAUCUCCAGUGACUUUCCCUCAUGAGGGAAAUGGCAGGGGGGAGAAGAACUUGCAUGUCAUGUUACUGUAGAGGAAAUUGUGCAUAUCCUCUAGAGAAACUGAUAAGUGAAGAAACUGCAAACGUGUGCAACAAAACUCUACACGAAUAGGACUCCCCUGAACCUACCUUCUGUGGGACCAAAUGAGUUGUCAAAGGGGAAUUUGAGAGUUGGCAUCUUAGCAUUUUCUUUGAGUGGGUAAAGAGGAAGCUUGUUAACAGGGAUGAAUGCUCGCUGUUAAGCUGGAACCGUUACAGUAUUUUCCCUUUUGGGGGUACUUUCAGUAGUAGGAAAUAUAUUUAAAUCACUUAAAUCCUGUAAUCACAAAAGCUUCUUUUUGUCUUUUGUUUAGAAAAUUAAAUGCAACAUGAAGAUCUUCCUAGACCAGGUGGAAAUUAUGGGUUAGUUUCUUCCUUUAGGAGUAAGAUGAUAAGCUAUUUGCCCAGAUUCAUGAGACAAGCAUAUCCACUAUAUACAGCCCUCCCCCCGAUACGUGGUAAAGUGCACUUAAUGUGGGUGAAUUUCUUGGGUGCUGAGCCUUAAGAAGUGUGUAGGAUGCCUGGUUUAACAACCUUGCUCAGAAUACACUAUCAAGAGCUUUUUAUAGCAAUUCAAAUGUUAACUCUCUUCCGACUCUUUCCUCCUACGUACUGGCCUUGUCCGUUGAGGCACUAACUGCACAUGGCUGUGACAGAUCUGAUUCUCUCUCCUGAAGAUUCCCAAAGUGAUGUGGAAGAGGUUCUGUUCAUAAGCCAGAGCAAACUGGCUGGGGAGGGAAAUGUUUCUGCAGUAUAAUAACAAAUGAGACAUUGUCUCAAGAAUGGCACAAUUUGUUUUGUUUUGUUUUCCUGCUUGACAUUGCCUUGACUAGGAAGAUUGUUUGUGGUUAAAAGUGCAAAGAGCAUUUUAAUGUAUUUUUGGAUGCUCUUCAUUCCUACCAUCUAUAGAAGGUGCUGGCUGGUUAGAGACUGUGACUUGCUUUGUCUUAGUACACAUCCUUUAUUAAGGUUUGUUUCAUUGAUGUGAACAGUCAAAUUGAGAAAAUGCUGUAUGUUUUGGAGGAAGAUCUGAUGUUUUCUAUGUUUCUUGUUUGGCUGGGAUAGACGACCAGGGUAUGUUCCGUGGGCUAGUACUUCGUAAGUUCUGAAUGAAACAUUGCACUUCUCACAUUUAGAAAAAGAAGUUGCAAUUUCAGACUUCAGAAAAACAAAACAUAAACACAAAAACAAAGAAUUGGGCUUUAGACUAAUUAACUUAUCUUUCCUGUUCUCCUUCAAAGCAAUUAUUCUUUAACUCAAAAAUUCUGUAAUUCAAAUGCACAGACUGCUAUCCAUGUGCAUAGAGCGCAUGACCUGUAAAAAACUGGAAUUACGUUGAUUUGAGAAAACACCCACUCCUCCACUGUCAGCCCUUGCCUCUUCGAGGACAACAGUUUGGGGGUGGGAUUUUCUUGUUUUGCUUUUUUUUUCCCCAAUCUGUUCACCAAGUGUUUUGAGAACAUAGGCCUAAUAUUCUCAAAGUUGAUACAGCUAAUGGCACUUUCAGCGUUUAUUUCAUACAGCACUGUCAAGCUUCUGUCUCAUUCCUAAACAAUGCACACUGUUUCAUGCAACCCUUCGUUUGCAAACCUUGCCUCUGGGAGACUGGUCAGUGUGCAACUAGCAGUAUCAUGUUUACCUCAGUAGGUGAGGGAUUUCCUUGCUGUACUUGCCCUGUUCAGUUUAGGGAUGCGUCAGACUUGCGGAGAGCAGCGUCAAGUACAGCUUCCUUGCUCUAGAGGAAUGUAGCAGGGAAUCAAUCGAGUUAUUUUCAGUUCUCUAUCUAUCCUAGUUUACCAUGUAGGGGAGCCAGUACUCGUUACCUCUAUGCUAUUGCCCUCUGCAGCAAACAGUUCAGCUAUAUACAGGGGAGAGAACAAGACUUAAGUUGUUGGUCCCGUUGCUGGUAGAAGGGUAGAUUGCAAUAAACACUAAGCAACCCAUAAGCCUACCUGAAGAGCGUGUGCUGCCUAGCCAAGAACUGAUAAAUGUAAGAUGUAGCGCCAAAGAGUUAACGUGCCUUCUUGGAUGGAAGCUUUCUGUGUAGCUUGAACUCAUGGUGACUUCCUUGUGUUUAAAAUAACAAUUAGAGAAAAGGCCUCCAAUUUUUUCUGUCAGUGUCUCUGUCAAAUAUCGUGGAGAUACCAGGGUAGUAAACAGUGGAGAGCCUGAAAAAUGUCUUUAUCAAAAGGGCUAUUUGUUUUGGUCACUGUUAAGGUCACCUCUGCUCUAAGCUGUGAAGUGGCAAUAUACAGGCUUUUUGACUGAUACCAUGUGUUGAAAAGCUUCCCAACCUAUUAGAUUUACAGUACAACUUUGGUCUUUGCUUCUUUCCCUCUCCUUCCAUCUUCCUUGAACUUUGCUCCUUUUAACACAUUUUCAACAGUACCUUGCUGCAUUCCAGCGCUUUUACUCUUCUACUUUGAUCAUGCAAGGGUGUAAUUCCUGGAAUUUGUUAGAGGCUAAUUCACAAUCUUCAAUUUCUGCUGUUCCUAGAAGUCAACGAGCACCAGCUGGGGACAGAAUCAGUCUCCACAGCUGCAGCAGGAACAAUAAAUAGUCACUACUUUUUGACAUGAGGUAAAAUUCAGUGCUGGUGGAAGGAAGUAUCUUCGUAAAAGGACUGAACUGACCUGAGAAUAGGGGAUAGCAAAUACAAGUGCAGGCCUGAGCCACACUUGUUCUUUUCCUACCUAAAUUCCUGGAGGAAUAGAAAGUAAUUUGCUCCCCCUUGACCAUGCAAUUUACAGUUUCCACCAGGAAAUAAAUCAAGGGAACAUAACAGGUAUCAGCUGCCAGUCACUCCCUUUCCUACUGUGCAGUAAGGUUUUACAUCCUGUUACGAGCAACUUAUACCCUUGUGCUUAUUUUCUCUCCUCUGCUUGCCUCAAGCCAUUCUCUCCACUAGAACAGUCAGAAACCCUUACUGCUACGUCAGAAGCAGAGGUAUUAAGAACUCUGUAAAUAAGUCACUGUGCAGCACAAAAGGAAAGGUAAGAGUAUAAGAUGUUAACUCUUAUCCUUUAAGUCUGACCUGUGGCUUAUUGAGCAUAUGAAGAAAGGCAUUUUUGAUUGGUAUAAAUUAUUCAGGACUGCUGGAGGGAGAUGAGAAGAAACAAUCUUGUUCAGAGGGUAUGAAUUCUGCCUGCCUGGAAUAUCCUGUAUCUUUGCUUUGCUCAAAUAGCCUUAUGUAUGAAGCACUUUAUCCAAAUGCAGGAAUUAAAGAACUAUUACUACAGCUGGUAGACUGGAAAUGUUUACAGAUCCUAUAUUACAUUCCAAGAUUCUAUCUGUAAGUGUUAUAUGUGUUUGUAAAAGUGUUUAAAAGAAAAAAAAAAAGACCUUGUAUAAAGUUA